CCAUACUCUGGUGUAUACCAGUUCAGUCGCUUUCAGUCGCUUUGCAACCGCGGAAGUGAGAAGUUCGUUUCGUAAUCUCUUGAUCUAGAGAAUCACAGAUUUAUUAUAAAAAUGGUUGUACAAAUUACAAGCGAGGAAGAUCUAAAGACCAAACUGGCUGAGGCAGGAGAUACCCUUGUUGUAAUUGACUUCUUUGCUACUUGGUGUGGACCUUGCAAAAUGAUUGCACCCAAGCUAGAGGAAUUGUCACAGGAGUUGAAAGAUGUGAUCAUCUUCAAAGUUGACGUUGAUGAAUGCGAGGAUGUUGCUGCUGCUUAUGAAAUAUCUAGUAUGCCAACGUUUGUUUUUGUCAAAAAUGGCAAGGUGCUGGAAACCUUUACUGGUGCCAACUAUGAUAAACUGAAAAACACCAUUCAAAAGCACAAGUGAAUGGCUUCAUUUGUCAUUCCAGAAUAUUCUUAGAAAAUGGGCGAACGUUACAAUAUCCACAGCCAAUUGGAACAUCUUCAGAGUAAAUAUAUUGGAACAGGUCAUGCAGAUACAACAAAAUUCGAAUGGCUUGUUAAUCAGCAUAGGGAUUCAUGUAGUUCUUACAUGGGUCACUAUGAUCUCUUAAAUUUUUUUGCAAUUGCUGAAAAUGAAGCAAAAGCAAGAGUAAGGUUUAACUUAAUGGAAAAAAUGUUACAACCAUGUGGAC